AUGUUUCUUCCUGAAUCUAUUUUCUUUGUUUUUUCUCCUUUUUUCCUCCUUUUCUCUCUCCGUUUUUCCCUCUCCUUUUUUCCCUGUCCGUUUUUCCCUGUCCGUUUUUCCCUCUCCUUUUUUCCCCUGUCCGUUUUUCCCUCUCCUUUUUUCCCCUGUCCGUUUUUCCCUCUCCUUUUUUCCCCUGUCCGUUUUUCCCUCUCCUUUUUUCCCCUGUCCGUUUUUCCCUCUCCUUUUUUCUCUCUCCUUUUUUCUCUCUCCUUUUUUCUCUCUCCUUUUUUCUCUCUCCUUUUUUCUCUCUCCUUUUUUCUCUCUCCUUUUUUCUCUCUCCUUUUUUCUCUCUCCUUUUUUCUCUCUCCUUUUUUCUCUCUCCUUUUUCUCUCCCUUUUCCUUUUUUCUCUCUUUUUUCUCUCUCCUUUUUUCUCUCUCCUUUUUUCUCUCUCCUUUUUUCUCUCUCCUUUUCAUAUAUUCAAAUUAUAA